AUGUCGCACACGACCAAACCAUCCUACAGCGAGCUCGAGGGUGCUCUGAUUCAAGAGCGCCAGGCCAGGACUCGGGCCGAGCAGAGGCUCCACGACCUUACCCGAGAUCACCGGUUCAACAAUCGGGUAUACUCGGCAAACCGCCUGGUUCUUGAACUGCAAGACGCUCAGCGUGACAGGGAGCUCUACAAAGAGAAACUUCAGACGGCGGAGAACGCGGCUCGGGAGUGGCAGAGCAGAGCCACUGAGCUCGAAAAGCUCGACGCAGAGGUUUCGCACAGAUGCAGGAUGGAGAAGGCUUUGUUCCAGUCCUCGCUCAAUUCUGCCAGGAAGAUCAUUGACGAUCUGCAACACUCACUUGCUGCCGCAGAAGGCCGCUACAAGAUUACACAGGAAGGGCUGAGGGAGGAGCGGGAUGCUACCCGGCGUCGACUUCUACAGGUUGCCGCUGACCAUGAUGAUCAUGCUGCCAAGCUCAAGGAGAUUGAGUACCACCCGUCAGCGAGCAGCGCCAUGAUGCUUGAGGGAUCCAGAGGGACACUCUCUUUAUCGAGCACUCGGGGAGGGGAGGAAAGGGAUGCGACCAAGCCAACACUCAGGCACAAGAAGAAGUUUACACAUGGGGUUUAA